CUCAAUUUACCAUUUUUAAUGAUUUUAAUUGAUUGGAGAAAAAAAAAGAAAAAUCAAAAAUUAAUAUUUAACUUAUUGAUAGAAGAAAAGGAAGAUACACUUUAUUUUUAAAGAAAGAAAAAGAAUAAGUAAGAAUAACAAAAAUAGGUAAAAGUACCAAUGAAUUAGCUUAGAAGAAUAUCUAGCAAGUGCUUCAGACAAUUAUAUGCCAAGCAGAGCUUUAAAAUGGCUAGCAACAAUCAAAAGAAAUAUGAUUAAGUUAAGGAAUAGCAUUAAGAAGAAAAUGAUAUUGAAAUGGGAAUUAAUCUUUUUCGUCCUAAUCAAAGCUAGUAGAAUGGUUAAAUAUAACAGCGAAAGCAAGAUGGAAAAACAAACUUAAGCUUUUAUGACAAAAAUGAUAUAGAAUUCUAAAACGAAUAUAGUCAAUAGCAUUAUUCUAGAAAGAGAGCCAUUUAAGAUGUUGUUGAAUCACUUUACUUCUAGGAUCAUUCUCAAACUACCUAAUACGAAUUUUUAAAGAAAUUAUCAUCAUAAAAAGUUAAUGAUGAAUAAGAUGAAAUAGAAAAUGAUAUUUAAGAUGUUGAGUCAUAAGUGAAAGCAAAUACUAACAUCAACGAAACAGAUUUGAAAACAAAUUUUGAUUCUCUUUAGAAUUUUCUUGAAGAAGACCUUGUUAUCAGUGAUUAAGACUAUAAAAAAGUUUUGGAUCUUUCAUCUUCUGCAAGAACUGCAAUAUCAUCUAAUUAAGGUAAUAUUUAGAUGAAAAGAAUCCCUGAAAAUGCUUAUGAUAUUCUUCCAAUCAUACAAAACAUUCACCUAAACAAUCACUUAUUGGCAUUCUUCGUUAAAUAUUAAAAGUACUUCUUUUCUUUGUAAUACUACGCUUUAAUCAGCAAGUUAAAAUAAAAUGUCGAUGAUUUGGAAUACAUUAAAGAGUUCGAAAUGAGCAAGUAUGAAGAGAAGAGAAAAUCUCUUUAAGAAAUAAAUUCUCAAGCUAAGCCUAAAUAUAAGCCUGUUUUCUUGAAUGCUGAGGAAACAAAGGCUCAUUUCGGUUAUAGCGUUUUAAUAAGAAAUAUAAAGCAAAAAUUUGAGCAUUAUGACGCCAGAAAAUCAAUAACAAUUCUGAGAGCUUUAGUGGCUUUUGACAAUAACAUAAGUGACGAAUUUUUCGAUCUUAUUGGAAAACGCUUUUUAUAGAGUAAAAGUGAUUUUACUACAUUUGAGUUAGUUUAGUAUCAUUUUUUGCUUGCAAUCUAAAGUGAAAGACAUGGCUAAAUUGUAAACAAUGAUCUUCAGUAAAAAGUGAUUAAUGAAUAUUUAAGUAGAGAUGAGUCUGAAUUUACCAGUUAAAUUUUAAAUCUCAUCAUUAAAUUAAGAGUUAUGUUUCCUAUCUAUUCUGUUCACUAAAUUAAUUUAGUUCUAGUUAGAAUGCAAACACAAUUUACACGUUAAAUAACAUUUUUCUCAACUAAAUAACUAUUAGAAAUUGCUAUGAUCUUUUUACAAAAUAACAUACAUUUCAACAAGUAUUUUGUUGAAAUACUCUUCAUUACCAUACUUAAAAAUUUACCACAAGAGCAAUCUGUCAAAUCUAAAAGUGUUAUCCAAAUUCUUAAGUAUUUUAAGAAUAAAAAUCUUUAUUACUUAUAGCGUAUUGAUGAUAAAUCAUAGAUUCAAUUAAGUAAAGAGGAUUCAUGGGAAAAUAGAAGUGGAGAAGAAGAAGGAAUUAGUGACGAUUUUGAUGAUUUAUCUGCACCAAGCGAAAGCUAAAAUAAGAAUUCUGAUGAUAUUGAAAAUUUAUAAAAGGAAGACUCUUAAACAAAAGUCUUUAGAAAUUCUAUGAAAACUAGUUUAAAAAUCGACGGCUUAUUUGACACAAUGUUAUCAAGCAUAGUUAAAGAAAUAAGCUCUGGCAAAACUCUUAAACCAUACAGUCUUCAUCUUUUAAUUAAUAUUUGCAUUUAAAACUAAGUAACUAAGCAAGCCUACUACGAUAUUUUUAUUACUGAAUAUGCUAAAAUUCUUCCAAAAGCUAGCUUUUUAAUGUUUGCUAGAAUGUAUUAAAUUCUAUCAGAUUAAUUUUUAAUUUAGAAGCCUUUGCAUAUUCUUUCUUCAACCAAGGUCAAGAACAACAUCAAAUCCGAAUAUGUGUCUUAUCAGAAAACAUAGUAGCUUUUAAUUACUUUCGACAAGCAGCAAUAAUCAAAAGGUAAGUUAAAUCAUUUGCUAUAACAAGAAUAUCGUUAUUUGAGCGAAAAAUAAAUGAAACUUACUCGUCUCUUACUCCUUAAAUUAAAUUUUGGUGUUUCAAAUUUAUGGAGUUAUGUGCUUAACUAAAUCCGCUUUGAUUUAAUAGAAUAAACAGAUGUUGAUAUUAUGUCUUCAUCAAUUAGUUACUGCAAUAGCCUUAUUGCAGAUAUAGAUAAAUACGUAGAUCAAUAAAUGAAUUGUAACAUGAAUUUGCUUUAAAAUGCUUAACAAAUUAAUAAUUUUAUUGAAAUACAUUUGAAGAAGGUUGUCCCUUUCAUUGAUAUUUCCAAAUUCGUCUCUAACAUUCACAUUAACAUAAUUGAUCCAAAUAAGAAUAUUAGAUAUAGCUCCAAGGUUGAUUUAAUGUUUUAACUUAUUAAGCGUUAAUUUUUCAUUAAAUAUUAACCUUAUAUCGAAAGAAAUGCCUUAGUCAAUUAAAUGAUUUUUGAUGUAAAGCUAAGCAAUAUUGAAACUUCUUCAGUAACAUUAAUCAAUUUUGUAAACGAAAGUCAAUGUAACUAUAAAGGAGAUGAAAGAGGUACCACAUAUCUAAAAAGACAUUUCUCUAAAACUAGUAACUAGCCCUUUGUAUUGAUUAGCAUUAGGGAGUUUGAAAAUUAUAUAUAAGAAUUUCUAGAGGAAAGCUCAAAUCAAAAUGAAGUAAUCCAAAAUUUUAUAGAAUACAAAUUGUAAGACAUUGCUCUUCCUAAAGAUCUAAAGUUGCCACAAGAAGUUCAAAACACUAUAGAUUUAUUUGAAUAAUAAAUAUCCUAGAUAUACAAUGAAUGUAAAUAAGAAUAUGAGCUCACAAAGGAAUAAAAUAAAAACAAAUCUAAAAACAGAUUCUAAAAAUACACUAAAAAACCAAGAUAGUAACAAAGUGAAAGAUUAUAAAACCAAGAAGAAAUUGAGAAUGAAAAUCUUUAAAUUAAUGAAGAAAACUUAAGUAACCAGAAAUAGCAAUAAAAUAAAUUAUUUGGAGACCAUAGUAAAUCCAAUCAAAAUCAGGAAAAGAAUAAUAAAUAUUACCAAAUUGAUUGA